AAACGCGUCGUUAAAACACAAAAAUUCCAUAAAUUGCAAAAAACUGCAAGAUUAAUAAAUAAACACACCACAUUAGUUUAGUUGUAGCGGCAUCAACAACACCAACACCAACAACAUACAUACGUCUAAUACAUAAAGCAUAUUUACUUUGUCUUCUGGCGCACAAAAUUAGCCAACAACAACAAUAGUAACAACAAUAAAGCAGCAGCAAGUGGUCGCAGACUGUUUAAAAUACAAAUACGUCAUUAGUUUUUUAUGUAAUAAACGCAAACAAAACAACAAUUGAACAGUACUCGUAUUUGAAUAUUUUAGUGGAAUUUUGUAAGCAUCAGAGAAGAGAAAACAUAUCCCGUUUUAUUCAAAUUUAGCGCAAAGCGACAAUUAAAAACAGUAAAUAAAAAUCUACUCCCUAACGUACUACGACAUUCGAUAAAAAUAGUCAACAUGCUGAUUGGAUUAGUACGCGAUUCGGUAAUGCAGUGCUUCUGCCAUACCUGCCGAGCACCGGGAAUUUUGCCAGCGGUAGUAUCGAGAAGAUCUGCGCCCAUUAAGAAAAAUAAUAAAAUACGCUCCAAGCAGCCGCGACUGUCAAAGAAAGUGAAAUUUAUAACCACUGAGAUACGCUGCCAGGAGAAGUCUCGCGGAGGUCUCAGCUAUGAGGUCAUACUUGCCGAACCGGCCCCCAAUGUGGCUGUGCCCAAGCGACCCGUCACACCGGGCAAGAAUGUCAGCGUUGAGGAGAUUGAGCAAAAGCUAAAGGCUGCCGAGGAGCGACGCAUUUCGUUGGAGGCCAAGAAAAUGGCGGAUAUCUCUAAUAAGCUGGCCAAGGUCGAGGAGGCCACACGCAAAAAGGAUGAGAUCACCAAUGAGUUUAUCACUCAGACCAAGGAGCAAUUGGAAUCGAAAAUGGAGCUGCAUGUGGAGAAACGCGAGGCCAUUAUAAGUGACAUGAAGGAGAAACUAAAGAUUCAUGCCCAGGAAAUUGAGAAGACGCGUGAGACCUUGGAGCAGCAGAAGGUUAACGAGCAAAAGGCCAUUGAGGAGAAAUUGAAGACCGCUCAGACUUUGCGCGAUGAGAAUAUUAAGAAGAUGUUGAAUCGCCUCAAGGAGCAUAACACAAUCAAAAUUGCCGAAAUAAAAUCGCAGGUCGAUCAAUUGGAAAGUCAAAAGCUUGAGGAGAAAGCGCGCAUUAUUGAAAACAAAUUGUACACCGCCGAGCAAAAUCGUGAAAAGGAAUUGCAAAAGAAAAUUGAGAAAGUUCAAAAACUUGAACGUCGCGCUGAGCUGGUGCGUCAGAACAAGGCCCAGGCUCCGCAGACCCAAGAUUUGGAUGGACAGCAGAAUGUAAUUGCCUCGUCGGGUUAAGGAGCGGCUGGUUAAUUAGGAAGCGGCCAGCCUUAAAGGCGUAGAGCGUCAACACAACAGCUUAAAAAAAAACAAGAACAACAACAACAAACACCACAACCAGCUACAUCAACAGCUACACACAUAUUUAAGCAAAACUCUUUAAGAAGAACCCAAGAAAUGCAUACAAACAGAAGGAGAAAAUCGAUUUAAUUCAAAAAAUUUCAAGUAUUACAACUACAAGAAACAAAAAACAAAAAAAAAAAAUACUCUAAAAUCUUAAAGGCAGGCAGCGCUAUAAAAUAUAAUUGUGACAGGCACAACAACAAAAAGAACAACAUCAGAAAUCAGUAGCAACAAACAAAAUACUUCGACCUAUAAAAAAGGAAAUAUAAAUGAAAGUAAAAUGCAAACUGCAAAUAACACGAAAUACAUUUAAAUACGAAUAUAAGAUACAAAAUAUUAGUCUUCAAAGGCAGCACGAAUAUCAAGACUGUCCGAAACCAAAACCCAAAACCAACUAACAUUCAAUUGCUAAAAACAGUAUUUAAAUUUUCUAAAUUGAAUUGUAGUUUCGUUUCUUUUCUUUGUUUUUUCAAAAUUAUUGGCGCUCCAGAAUUGAGUUUCAUUUUCAAAUUAAUUUUAGUUCUCAUCGUUUUGUUAAAUUUUAUAUACAAUUAAAUUUUCAAUGUUAACUUUCAAACAUUGAGCUAAAAGGCAACCAACGAUAACCAGAGAUCAAGAAAUAUAUUUUGAAAUGAUUUGCAGCGCAUUUUAUUACAAAUGCCAUAAAGAACAGAACAGAAUUUGUAUGCAGUAUAUGGAGAAACCUUUGCCUGUCAUAUUUAUUUAGCUUUGCUUGAAUAAAGAACACAAGAAUGUAUAAUUUAA